GCUGUUGGACGUCUUAUUUUUUCUUCGCUGGUUUGUUCCUUUCGAUGAUCAAACCAAAUUCAGUUGUAUCAGAACGCAGGUCGUUGUUUUUUGUUAUAUUUGCUGAAUUUUUCGUCACAGUCUAAGAAACAUCAAAAAUUACAUCCUAGGUUGAUAGAGCGGAAUUUACUGAGACCGCAAAGUCGAAAAACGCUGGCAGUUCCGGUGGGAGUGAAUCUUAUUUUGGUGUGAAAUGUCAUCUUCCGCAACGCCGGACAGCGGUGUCGUGACAUCGACGGACGGAGAAAACGUGGGGGCGAACAAGGCACGGGCAGAGGAAUUAAAGAACCAGGCAAACGAAUGCUUUAAAAAUAAAACCUACGAGGAUGCCAUCAAGCUGUACACGGAGGCGAUCGAACUCGACAGCGAAAAUGCCAUUUAUUUCGCGAAUCGUAGCUUUGCCUAUCUUCGGCAGGAAUCGUUCGGCUAUGCGCUCAACGAUGCCGUCCAGGCGAUCAAAUGCAAUCCGGCCUAUCUCAAGGGAUACUACAGGAGAGCGGGGGCCCACAUGGCCCUGGGUAAGUUCAAACUAGCCCUGUCGGAUCUCGAAUUCGUGGCCAAGCGGUGUCCGAAUGAUAAAGACGCCCAGAUGAAGUACACCGAGUGCAACAAAGUCGUCAAAAAGAUGGCCUUCGAGCGAGCGAUAGCGGUGGACAAGGUGGAGAAGAGUUUGCUUGAAAUGUGUCGGGAUUUGGAAUCGGCCACAAUCGAGGUCGAUUACGAGGGUCCGAAAUUGGAAGACGGCAAAGUUACGGUAGAGUUUAUGAACAGUCUGAUGGAUUGGUAUAAAAUCGAGAAGAAACUCCACAAAAACUUUGCCUAUAGGAUCCUGUGUGACGUUGAGGCGCUGUUCAAGAAACAACCGUCCCUGGUUGACAUCACUGUACCGGACGAUCGCAAGUUUACCGUGUGUGGUGAUAUUCACGGUCAGUUCUAUGAUUUGCUCAACAUUUUCAAUAUCAACGGACUGCCAUCAGAGACCAAUCCGUAUCUCUUUAACGGGGACUUCGUCGACCGAGGCUCGUUCUCCGUUGAAUGCAUAUUCACGCUUUUCGGGUUCAAACUGCUUUAUCCGGAUCACUUCUUCAUGUCACGAGGUAAUCAUGAAAGUAUGAGCAUGAAUCAGAUGUACGGAUUCACGGGUGAAGUGGUAGCGAAAUACUCCCAAACCAUGUCGGAGAUGUUCACCAUGGUCUACAAUUGGCUCCCGCUGUGUCAUUGUAUCAAUGACAAAGUGCUCGUCAUGCACGGUGGUCUAUUCUCGAAGGACGAAGUGUCGCUGGACGACCUGCGCACCAUUGAACGGAACAGGCAACCUCCGGAGGAGGGUUUGAUGUGUGAACUGCUAUGGUCCGAUCCACAGCCACAGAACGGAAGGGCUCCUUCCAAGCGGGGCAUCGGCAUUCAGUUUGGACCUGACGUGACCAAAUCAUUCCUGGCACACAACAAGCUGGACUACAUCAUUCGCAGCCACGAAGUUAAGAACGAUGGAUACGAGGUGGCGCACGAUGGAAAGUGUAUCACGGUGUUCUCGGCUCCGAACUAUUGUGAUGCUACCGGCAAUUUGGGUGCUUUUAUCACCCUCAAAGGCAACGAUUUGAAGCCGCAGUUUAAAACAUAUGCCGCUGUUCCACAUCCCAAAGUUAAACCGAUGGCAUACGCCAGUACACUGAGUCUUCUCGCGUAGUACCUCUGCUAGUGUGAAUACUGCCCAACGGAUCCGCUGAACGGUUCCACACGCCUGGUUCCUUUCGCCAGGGAAAGCAUACAAAUUACGAAAAUCGUGUCGAGACAAACUUUUUCCAAUCUUUUCAUAUCGCAUGAAGCGUUGCUCUUCCUCGAAGAGGUGUUAUUUUUAUUGUUCUAGUAUUCACUGUUUUUAUUUACACACUCUACAAAAUUUUAAUUUUUCAUUUUGAAAUGAAGCAGAACGCAAAAGGAUUGAAUUAUCGUGUUUCUUCCUUUCCAUCCGCUCCACUCCUAGAGCUAGAUAGUGGGGCAGGUUGUAUUGCUAGACUAUUACCUUGUAUACAUACAUAUUAGAUUUUACACAAACGAAAUGUAGAUAAACGAUUGUAACGUGGUUAUGAAGUGAUCAGAGCUAGUUAUUAGUAAAAUUACACGUACAAUCACACUCACACGUAGAAUUACGAACAAUAGUGACAUGGCGUAUGACAAAAGAAAAGAAAAUAUACAACGUCGUAAUGCGUAUAUGUAGAGAAGCUAGAUUUUGUACACCGAUUAAGCAGAGUUAAGCUGUAGCCGUGGAAGAUCGCCUAACGGCUUUUUAUCAGUAUCGGUUAGAUUCUUCUGCGAGUAUUGUGUUGAACCAAGUUGAAUAUCGAAUUUCAUCGAAGGAAGCGCGCAUAGGGAAAUAAAUUUUAUUGGUGGAAUAAUAGAUACAAAAAAAUAUGGUGAGGAAUGGUUCCGCGCAAAGCGAACCGAAAUCAACACAUUCUCCAAAGUACAGUACGAUUAAAUUGUAUUAGGUUUUUAGGAAAGGAAUGAUAAUAGAA